AUGAUUUCCCCAAGAACGCCCCUCAAUGCCCUUAAAAGGGCCGGCAUUUUCUCAAAUUCACGGCGAACAUGGAAUUGCACAGCCUGUGGGUAUGCAAGCCCCAAGGCUUUCUACCGUGGACUUGCGACAUCGACAACUCCGAGUUCGGGGGAAUUUAAGAAGCCAUACUAUGUGACUACUCCCAUUUUUUACGUCAAUGCUGCCCCUCAUGUCGGCCACCUCUAUACUAUGGUCAUCUCCGAUAUUUUGAAACGAUGGCAAGUCCUUCUUGGAAAUACCGACGCCCAAUUAUUGACCGGAACCGACGAGCAUGGCAUGAAGAUCCAGCAAGCUGCUCUUGAAGCCGGUAUGGAUACCCAGGCUUUUUGCGAUAUGAACUGCCGAACCUUCGAGGCCUUGGCGAAAGCUGCAAACCUCGACAACGACCACUUCAUUCGAACAACCGAUCCGGCGCACCGCGAUGCUGUACAAUAUUUUUGGGAAAUGCUUGAGCACCGAGGCUAUAUCUAUACUUCAAAACAUGAAGGAUGGUAUUCUGUCAGUGACGAGACGUUUUACCCGCAAACGCAGGUACAAAAUUCCUUGGAUCCAGCAACCGGUCGGAAGAGAAUGGUCUCAAUUGAAACAGGAAAAGAAGUUGAGUGGUCGUCGGAAAUCAACUAUCAUUUCCGUCUAUCUGCAUUCCAAGACCGUCUGCUUGAACUUUACAAGAGACCUGACUCCUUCAUCACGCCGUCAAAGUAUUCAACCGCUGUGAUUCAAUCAGUGUCAGCUGGACUGCAAGACUUGUCGAUUUCGCGGCCAUCCGAACGGUUGACCUGGGGAAUUCCGGUUCCCGGCGACAGCACUCAAACUAUCUAUGUCUGGUUGGAUGCGCUGGUCAACUAUCUGACAAGAGCAGGAUAUCCUUUCCCACCCGGGCAAGACGACAAGUCGAUUUGGCCCGCAAACGUCCAUGUAGUUGGCAAGGAUAUCGUCCGAUUUCAUUGUGUCUAUUGGCCUGCUUUCCUGAUGGCUCUAGACCUUCCCGUGCCCCGGAAUGUUCUCGUGCACGGACAUUGGACAAUGAACCGGGAGAAGAUGUCGAAAUCUACUGGCAAUGUGGUGAACCCAUUUUUCGCCAUCGACAGAUUCGGCGUUGAUGGCAUGCGAUUCUUCCUAGCCUAUCAGGGAGGGUUGGGGGAUGACUCCGACUACGACAACUCUUUCAUCACUAGGGAUUAUAAGAAAUGGCUUCAAGGGGGUAUUGGAAACUUAGCAUCACGAACAAUUGGGUGUGCUAAAGGAAGACUUCGCUCGUAUAUCCAAGAUGCUACUUCUAAUAAGCUUCCGAAACCAAGCCCGGAGGACGUGGCACAUCAGGUAAUGCUGGUCUCGACACCGCUAAAGGUUGCCGAGCAUAUGACCGGAUUGAACCCCCGUGCCGCGCUACAAGAAAUUAUGAGCAUAAUCGAGAAGACCAACAAGUACUUCCACGCAACGGAACCGUGGAAAAACCCCAACCCCCAGUGGGUUAUUUUUAACGUGGCGGAAUCGCUUCGCAUAUCUGCGAUCUUACUGCAGCCGUUUAUGCCCGCCAAAUCGCAAGAACUUCUAGAGCUUCUCCGUGUAGAUACUUCCGACCCAGCCAAACGGGCAUUCUCGGCCACUGUCUACGGAUCGGAUUCAGAUUACGGUGAAGGUGUCAAGAAAGGUCAUCUUUUCCCCCCUUUACUUGCAGAGGAUUAA